CUGUCAAAAGAUGUUAAAAUCAUAAAGCAGCUUCCUAGAAGGGGAGGAAAAUCUUGGAUUCCACACACUAUGCGUGUUCCAAGGAAAUGUAGUGGAACAUGUUACAAAAAUCGUGUAUUGCCUGUUCUUUUGAAAAGGCCAUACAGCUCACCAAGUUUGAUUACAGGCUUGCGAACAAAUUAGAUACAGACAUGCAGAAGUUAAGAUGUAGAGUUAACUACCAUGCCUUGAGGUUCACCGAUCCUAUUCUUCAAUUGGGUAAAAUGCUUGUAAAUCGAAUGAGGUUGAGAAGCAAGCAUUAUAUUGCCCUGCAUUUGAGGUUUGAACCGGAUAUGCUUGCAUUCUCAGGAUGUGAUUAUGGUGGAGGUGAAAAGGAAAGGACUGAACUAGGUGCGAUUCGUAGGAGGUGGAAAACUUUACAUAAAACAAAUCCUGAUAGGCAAAGGAGGCAAGGAAGAUGCCCACUCACUCCAGAGGAAGUAGGUCUGAUGCUGAGAGCACUAGGAUAUGGAAGUGAUGUCCACAUCUAUGUGGCAUCUGGUGAAGUGUAUGGAGGGGAGGAAACAUUGGCACCUCUGAA